AUGAUCAGCUCAUCCGCACAAGGAGACAUUGAGACGCAGGAAAUGGGCCUCAGUGUGAAACCGGACGAUGAUCAUCAUCACCAUCACUAUGGCGCGCGUGUUCGAGAAAGGCUGAGAAGCUUCCUCCAUCCAAACGGAAGGACGAUCCACGUUGCCGCAAGUCCCGAGGAGGCAGCCAGUCUGCGACGUAGGUUGGAACAGAUUCACAGCAAUGAGGACUUCGAUGUUUACAUCUCCGGUACACCUGAACAUUUGGAUGCGUUGAGGACUGCGCAGUCUCACCACGAAAAUCGUCGCGAGGAGCUAAGACAGCAACACCGAGAGGUCUACGCUCGCUUCGAAUCAGUGCGUCAUGAAAUCGAUGCCUUGGCGAACGAAUUGGACAGAGUCACGACUCACGGCGUAGCCCUGGAAGCUCAUUUCAACAGAUUCGGCUACUCGGUGCAUGUCAGGAGCUACGACGAUGAAAGUCCCAGUGUGUCCGGUGUCACGACGCCUCGAUCUUCCACUCACGGAAAGCAGGACUCGCCAUCGGAAAGAGGCUUUGCGACUUCAUUGAAACUCUUCAAGGUUCCUACUCUCCGGCAAUACUUCCACAAAGGUAUCCUGUGGCGAGCUUCGGGGGCAGACGAAGUACAGAGCUUCGAACUCUUCGUCGACUUGCUCUACGUGGGAAUACUGCAAAUUCAGGGCGACGCGACUUCAGAAGACCCUACUGGCCUCUCGUUGCUGCACUUCCUCAUCACGUUUUCUUUGUCAUACAAGAUCUGGAACGAUGUGAAUCUAUUCUCAUCCUGGUUCGAGACGGACGACAUUUUCCAGCGGAUAUCGGUCUUGUUCCUCCUGUUGUGCUUGUUCGGAUAUACAACAAACAUUGUGGAUGCAUUUGAGCACACCUACGCAACUCUCAUUGGCUUUUAUCUCACAGCUAGGCUGUUCAUGGCUUGUUACCUUGUCUUAGUGUGUUACUUCAUACCUAUGAUCCGAGGUAUCACAAUCUGGCAUAUUUGCAUGAGUCUAGUGAGCGCGGCUAUCUGGAUUGGAUCGAUUCACAUCGAAUGGCCUGCUCAGCUUGGGCUCAUAGCUACUGGAAUGUUUGUUGACAUCUUCGGCCCACUCGGCCAUCUAAUGCUACUUGUGGUCUCCGAGACUGUCGGUGGUAAAGCAAAGGAAUGGUUCGAGAGACAAUUCGAAGUGAUGCGUAAGUUGCAAUUGCGCAAAUUCAAGACGAAACGCUGAUUUCAGCAGCCGCCGUCAACAUCGAGCAUCGUACUGAGCGUACGAAUGCCUUCGUGUCGCUGGUGUUCGGCUACACCGUGGUCGCUUUGCUCUAUCAAAGCGCAAGAAACGGAAUCGACGCGUUCUUUGGCAAAGCCGUUCUAGGCCUCGUCCAGUGUUUUAUUUUCAACUGGACGUACUUCGAGAUCGACAGCUCGAACCUGCUCAUCCAUGCAAUUCGGAGACACAAAGCAUCCGCAUUCACUUGGACUUUUGUUCACCUGCCAUUCAUCAUGGCGUUCGUGCUUGGCGGAGGUGGCCUUGCGCGCUUGGUCGUAGCUAAUGACGCACCGAACAGCCAUUCGGAAUGGCUGACCGAGACCUAUCGAGAGCGCUCGGAGGACCACAUUCCUGACGGUAUCCGUUGGUUCUACUGCUGCGGCUUCGGGCUUGCCCUUAUAUCUAUGGCGAUUAUAUCGAUAUCGCACGUCCACAAGCAGAGCGAAGGGAUACGCUUGACAAAGAAGUUCCGCCUAAGUGCUCGUAUAGCAGUCGCGAUUGUUUUCAUCUGCUUGCCGUUGGUGCACGAUCUCAACUCGCUCCAGCUGGUUGGCAUCAUCACUGGCUUGAUGGUGUUACUGCUUGUUGGCGAGCUAUGGUCGGCCAGCAGCUGCCAUGAGAAACUCGUUGGCAGAGACAAAGUUUGUGAGUAUACUGGUCGCUGUUCGAAGGGUAUACUCAAGGAAAUGAUCAAGGGUGGUCGUGAAGUAGAUAUUGACGGACUGAUUACCGACAAGGAGAAAGAUGGUGGUCAUGUUGUUGGUCCAUGA